CGCUCUACUCGCUAGCUACUUAAACCGGCGGAGCGCGGGCACCGCUGGCCGGAGACUCUGCGCUCGACCACGAAGUGGGACUGUGGGAGGCACUGGAGUUGGAGCCUUGGAGGGGCUAUGAGAGACGAGGGGGAGAAGAAGCAGAUGGGGAGCACGGUGGUGUGCGUCACCGGCGGCGCCGGAUACAUCGGGAGCUGGCUCGUCAGGAAGCUCCUCGGCAGAGGCUGCGUCGUCCACGCCACCCUGAGGAGCCUCGAGGACGAGAAGAAGGCGGGGCUGCUCCGGUCGCUCCCCGGCGCGGCGGAGCGGCUGCGGCUUUUCCAGGCGGACAUGUACGACGCCGACACCUUCGAGCCGGCCAUCGCCGGCUGCGAGUUCGUCUUCCUCGUCGCCACGCCGCUGGUGCACGACCCCACCAGCACCAAGUACAAGAACACCACGGAGGUGGCGGUGGACGCGGUGCGCACCAUCCUGCGGCAAUGCGAGCGCUCCGGCACGGUGAGGCGCGUCAUCCACACGGCCUCGGUCACGGCCGCCUCGCCGCUGAGAGAGGACGGUGGUGGGUACAAGGACUCCAUUAACGAGUCGCGCUGGACGCCGCUCAACCUCUCCUACGGAUUCAGCAACGUCCACUUGGACGCUUACGUGUGGUCCAAGUCGCUGUCGGAGAAGGAGCUGCUGGGCUACAACGACGGCGGCGAGGCCCGGCCGGCGUUCGAGGUGGUCUCGCUGGCGUGCGCGCUCACCGGCGGCGACACCAUCCAGCCGGACCUGUGGAGCACCAUCCCCGUGAUCGUGGCGCCGCUGACGGGGCACCCGGUGCACCACAACUCCCUCCUGUUCAUGCAGGCGCUGAUGGGCUCUGUGCCGCUGGCGCACGUGGAGGACGUCUGCGAGGCGCACGCCUUCUGCAUGGACCAGCCGGCCAUGGCCGGCCGCUUCCUCUGCGCUGCCGGGUACCCCAGCAUGCGGGACAUCCUCGACCGCUUCGCCGCCAAGUACCCCGACCUCAGGAUACAGCUCCAACAGGUGACAGGGGAGGGGGUGAGGGUGCGGGCUGACACCAGCAAGCUUGAGGACCUGGGGUUCAGGUACAGGUACGGGGUGGAGGAGACGCUGGACGCCAGCGUCGAGUGCGCCAAGAGGCUGGGGGAGCUCUAGACGGUGUGCGUGCUUGCGCGAAUCAUGCGUAGCAAUUGGGGUCCGAUUGCAGCUGUUGUCGUACGAUGACGUCCUUUGGUGUGUGUGUGUGUGUAUUACCGUUGA